CCCAUCACUACUCCUUUUUAUCAAAUUCAAAGCUAGCUAGUUUUCUGUAACCCUUGUCUCACCUUGUAUCGAGCAAUGUCACUCCCCAUAACACAAGGGAAAAUCCUCCCUGAUGCCUGGGACUACAGGGGCAAGCCGAUCGAGCGGUCCAAGUCCGGCGGCUGGACCAGUGCAGCUAUGAUUCUAGGUGGCGAGGCAUGUGAGAGGCUAACAACGUUAGGUAUCGCUGUUAAUCUAGUGACGUAUUUGACUGAGACCAUGCAUUUGGGGAAUGCUACCGCAGCCAACACAGUGACCAACUUCCUCGGCACCUCUUUCAUGCUAUGUCUGUUGGGUGGCUUCAUUGCGGACACUUUUCUUGGCAGAUAUCUCACCAUCGCAAUCUUCGCCACAAUUCAGGCAACUGGAGUCACCAUAUUGACCAUUUCAACAAUAAUCCCAAGCUUAAGGCCUCCUAAAUGUAACAGGGACAGCGCAACAACUUGCACCCCAGCAAGCGGCAUACAACUCAUUAUUCUCUACCUAGCUCUCUACCUGACAGCCCUUGGAACCGGGGGACUCAAAUCAAGCGUCUCAGGGUUCGGGUCAGACCAGUUCGACGAGUCGGACCCUGAGGAGAAAUCACAGAUGACAAACUUCUUCAACUGGUUCUUUUUCUUCAUAAAUAUAGGCUCACUUGGUUCAGUCACCGUGCUGGUGUACAUCCAAGACAAUCUAGGACGUGAAUGGGGCUACGGUAUCUGUGCUUGUGCAAUCGUGAUAGGGUUAGUGGUGUUUCUAUCGGGUACCAAGCGCUACCGUUUCAAGAAAUUGGUGGGGAGCCCAUUGACCCAAAUUGCCGCAGUGUUUGUAGCUGCGUAUAAGAAGAGGCAUUUGGAGUUGCCAUCUAAUUCAUUGAUGCUUUUCGAAAUUGAUGAUGCAGCUGAGGGAAUGAAUAACAAGAAGAAGAAGCAAAAGUUGCCUCACAGCAAGCAGUUCCGUUUCUUGGACAGGGCAGCGAUUAGGGACCCAUCUGUGCCUGAGGCCAACAAGUGGAACUUAGCUACUUUAACAGAUGUUGAAGAAGUGAAAUUGGUGGUAAGGAUGUUACCUAUUUGGGCAACCACUAUCAUAUUUUGGACUGUCUAUGCCCAAAUGACAACCUUUUCCGUGUCUCAAGCUACGACCAUGGACCGUCACAUUGGCACAUUCCAGAUCCCUCCAGCCUCACUCACGGUUUUUUUCGUCGGCAGCAUUCUUUUGACUGUCCCAAUUUAUGACAGAAUCAUUGCUCCGAUUGCAAGGAAAGUGCUUAAAAACCCACAAGGGUUAACUCCUUUGCAGAGGAUCGGGGUGGGUUUAGUAUUAUCCAUUAUAACAAUGAUAGCUGCUGCACUGACGGAAAUCAAGCGAUUGAGGUCCGCAAGCUCACAUGGACUUACAAAUGACCCAUCAGCUCAAAUCCCAAUGAGCGUGUUCUGGCUGAUCCCCCAGUUUUUGCUGGUGGGGGCUGGGGAGGCCUUUACAUACAUAGGGCAGCUCGAUUUUUUCUUGAGGGAAUGCCCGAAAGGGAUGAAAACAAUGAGCACGGGUUUGUUUUUGAGUACCCUUUCAUUAGGGUUUUUCGUUAGUUCUGUGCUGGUUACUAUAGUUCACAAGGUGACUGGAACCAAGCAUCUAUGGUUGCCAGACAAUCUGAACCAAGGGAGGCUUUAUGACUUCUACUGGCUUUUGGCAAUCCUGAGUUGUUUGAACUUGGUAAUUUUCUUGGUGUUUGCUAAGUGGUAUGUGUACAAAGACAAGAGACUUGCGGAUGAAGGGAUUGAAUUAGAAGAAGCAGAAGCUACAUUCCAUUAAUAUGGAUAUUGAUAAUAAUGUUUCUCUGGAGUUGGAGUGAACAAGUCACUUUCAUUAAGAUUUUGUGUUUGUAACUUUGUAAUAUAUAUAUAUAUAUAUAUAAGUCCUUCGGUUGACUUCAAAAUAAGGUUGAAGCCCUCUUUACAUGUACAUAUUGAAUAUGGUAAAGAAACAAGUAUAAUUUCAAGCAAAGAAAGUUAAGUUCUUUGCUUUUGCUUCAAAA